AGAUAAGUACAAAAAUUGUAAUUUUUCCAGGCGACUAGAACAUUUACUCAAUGUACAUCCAGAAAAGUAUCGUAGUCGAAGUAGUCGAUCCAUACGAACAAUGACACCCAUUGAUUUAUCUUCAAUGGACCAUUAUCGAUCUCGUUCGGUUGAUUUUCUGUCUCCCAUAGCCGCGAAUAUAUUAAAUAAGGAUGAAGACGAUGACAAACCGAACAAUGAUUCGAUUUUUCCCAUUAUUCCGGAAGAAGAGUCAAUCAAUGUAAUAUACAAUGAAACGUCUUUAACGAAACAAAUGGGGCUUAAUUUGAUCACAAUUAAUGUUUCUGGUUUAAGGUUUCAAACAUAUGGAUCAACAUUAGAAAGAUAUCCUUUGACUUUGCUUGGUAAUUCAUCAAAACGUGAUCGUUUCUGGGAUCCAAAAAAUGAGGAAUAUUUCUUCGAUAGGCAUCGAACAAGUUUUGAAUCAAUUCUAUACAUAUAUCAAAGUGGUGGUAUGGUUAAGAGGCCAGAAUCAGUCCCAAUCGACAUGUUCUUGAAAGAGCUCAAGUUUUUUGAAAUGGGUGAAGAAUUACUUGAAAAAUUUUGGAUCAGUGAAGGUUAUGAGAAACCUAAAGAGAUCGAAAUGCCACAAAAUUCAUUUCAGCGGCAACUAUGGGAAUUAAUGGAAUAUCCGGACUCAUCCUUAUUUGCUCGUAUAAUCGCUCUGUUAUCUAUUUUUGUCAUUACUAUCUCAAUUAUAUCAUUCUGCUUGGAAACACUGCCAUCAAUUAAAGCAACUUCAAGUGACGUGCGCGAUUGGUCUAAUCCAUUUUUCCAUGUGGAAUUGUUUUGUAUCAUUUGGUUUACUGCUGAAUUGUUAUUACGAUUCAUAAGCUGUCCAAAUAAAUUUAAUUUUCUUCGCUCCGUUUUAAAUAUUAUUGACUUUGUGGCAAUUGCUCCUUUUUUCGCCAAUUUAAUCUGGAUGGAUGCAUCCAAGUCAACCUCAUCUAUGUCCUUUGCUGUUUUACGAGUUCUUCGAUUAGUACGAGUGUUCAGAAUAUUCAAGCUCAGUAGGCACUCAGUUGGCUUGCAAAUUCUUGGCAAAACAUUUCGUGCAUCAAUUCAAGAAUUCUGCUUACUUAUCUUUUUUAUGGUAAUUGCAUUGGUACUCUUUUCAAGUGGCGUAUAUUUUGCUGAACAAAGUGAACCAAAUACUAAAUUUACCUCAAUCCCUGCCUCAUUUUGGUUUGUUUUGGUUACAAUGACCACAGUUGGAUACGGCGACUUAACCCCAACAGGUGUUUAUGGUAAGCUUGUUGGUGGUUUAUGUGCAUUAAUUGGAGUAUUAACACUUGCCUUACCUGUACCAAUAAUUGUUGCGAAUUUCAAGCACUUCUACCGUCAAGAAGCUCGGCUGGCUCAAAUCCGUGCAUCAAUUGACGAAGAUGAAGUCGACUCUAAAGAUUCAUCUCAGUGCUCAUGA